CAUAGUGGAGCGUCGAGUCAAGAGUCAAGCGGCGAGUCAAGCAGCGCUUCAUUAAAUCCACCGUAUAGUUAGGUUGACCAGCACAUAGUGACGCGCCUAGCAGCACUUCAUGCAUAGACAUGAAUCUUGUCUCGCCGCUCGGGAAUUCACCAACGAUUUCUUUUGAAGCGCUGCUUCAGUUGACUCCUGGAUUUCACAGUUGACAGCGCGUGUUCAUUAACCUAAAAAAUGGACGUAGAAUCUUUUGUUUUGUCAGUACGAUCUCGUGAGUCCAUUUGGAACCAGCAACUGGCUAAUCACCAUAAUAGGUAUGUCCUCGACAAGCUGUGGAAGGAGGUGGGACAGGAAAAUAACUGUUCAGGUACGUAUCAAAAUAAUUGUUUUAUUAAGCAUAACCUACGGUUACAAUUAUCAGUGAAAGAUGCACAACAGAAGUGGAAGUCCCUGAGAGACUACUACAGAAAAGAAAUUCGAAAAAUGCAAGAGGAGCGAUCGGGAUCCAGUGCUGACACCAUUUACAAGUCGAAUUGGCCCUAUUUUAUGUUAUUGGAUUUUUUGAGAUCUCAGUUCAAGACGAGACCUACUUCAGGUAACUUAAAAGAGAAAAUCAAACCUAACAAGUGCUUGGACUCAGCAGCUACGGAAGGCGUUCCUAUGGCAAGCGACGAAAACUUUGAUUUUGAAAAUAGUCAAAUUGAGGAGUCCUAUGCAUCUAAUCAGCCUCCAAACGAUACAGAGGCUACUGAGAUGAGAACUGAUAGAGACAUGAAUGAUGACUUAGUACAUCCCAACACCUUCAAGAAAAGUGCUAUAAAAAAGGACAGUUUAACUAAGUUAGUCCAAAUUGAAGAAAAAAAAUUGGCUAUACUAGAAGAAAAACGUGGAAGUAGGCAUACAAUCAUCGAAAAACCUGAUGAAGAUUUGCAAUUUUUUGAAAGCCUUCUCCCCCACAUAAAACAUAUCAAUGGUGUGGAUAAAUUACGUUUUAGAAAUGAAGUUCAAAACUUAGUAAUAAAAUACGCGUAUCCAACUAACACAAAUCAGCAUUCUGUAUCAUCUGAGAGCACCAAUCUACAUUCUCGAUCAUCUACAAGCCGAUCUGUGUAUCACUCUGAAACAUCUACGCCCUUACCACAGCAAGAUGAGGGUAGUAAUUCUAUCUUGGAUUUGGAUUCUUGGAAUUCUGCUAAUAGUUAUUCUCCAUAUAAUUUUUUUUCAGUGGCUGAAUUGAAAAAGAGGUGGAAGGGACUUCGAGAUUCAUUCAGAAGAGAAUACAAAAAAUUGCUGAAAUCAGGUCAAGAGGCACCUGAUGAAUUUGAAUCCUCGUGGCCAUUUUUUGAUCAAAUGCUUUUCUUGCGUGACGUUAUGGAACCUAGGCAGCUCAAGGGGAACAUUCCUCCUCCGGUAAAAGAUACUGAAACUGAAACUCUAAGUAUAGAUGCUAUUGAAGAAGACCUAGAAUUAGAGAGCGAAAAAGACGACUCAUUGAUUGAAAACUCCAACAGCAACUCUGCAGUUCAUCUCAGCGAACCACAACUAGCGCCAACUGCACUUCAAAAAAUGGGACCACCCCUAACAACUCCGACUAAGGGAAAACUCAAAAGAUUGGAUUUCGACAGAAAUAACAGUGACCGAGGAUCUCCAGGAAAGAGCAGCUCAAAUAAAAAGAAGAGGUCAGUAGAUGUCAGUGAUGCGCAUUUCCUAGAAAUUGAGAAAGCUAAGCUCAAAUUGUUUGAAACAUCUGCUUCAUUGAAAAAUGACAGUGAACAUCAGUUUCUUAUAAGCCUGCUACCUUAUUUGAAAAAUAUUCCAGCAAGCCGGCAACUCCAAGUAAGGAAUAAACUUCAGCAGGUUUUGAUCGACGAACAAGAACGCAACAGUUUUGUCGCAAUCAAUUACAAGGAUCCCUUGCCUUCAACUGUGAAUCAAUCACCUGGACAUUCAUCUUGGAGUAAUAGUGCGUACACAGGAUACAGUUCCGAUGCUACAUCCGAAUCGUCGUGGGAUGUUCCACCAGUAAACUCUCCAUUGCAACAUUUUGUAACAAAUUUUAAGUAAAUUUCUCAAAGUUCAAAUGUUGCCAACCAAUGUAGCUCAAGUUACAAUUCACAAAUUAUUUUUUUUAAUUAUUGAUUUGUUUUAUAUACAAACCACAAAAAGGAAGUAAUUACUUAUUUAAUACAAAUUAAACUGUAACGAAGUCUUAAGUAAUAAAAUAUUAUAAUGUGUUAAAAUAGUUUAAAUAUUCCACUCACCUUAAAGUCACACUUAGACGUUCACUAGGUGAAAUCGUCUCCCUAAAAUUUGAUUCCUUUGAAACACUAUGCUCUAUACUAUUCAAAAUGUAAUUAAAAGUGUCUCUUCUCAUCCUAUAAUAGUCAGAAAAUUUUGCGGGUUCUCUUUCCAAAUCGUUAUGUAAAUGAUUAUACUCGAUAAAUUGGACUCAUCCAACAAUACCUUUUCUUACUAGCUGCCAUCCGACGCCUCAAGAGGUAAGUACUGUCGAACAAGUAUAACUCCUCUACAUCCAUUACUAAUAAGGUUACAAAACUAGAUAACUAACAUAACAUAACAAACACACGUCUGUCUGUAAACGCCAACUCACGUACACUGACAGCGCAUAUUCGCUUCCAGUGGACGAGGCCUACGCUCGUCGCUGCUCAGCUUGUAGUUGCUCCUUGCCUCUCGUGUACGCGCGAGCGUGAAGAC